CUACAUAACAUAACACAAUAAUAACACCGACGCCAACUCCGGGUGUAUGAGUUUAAGAGUAUAGCAUUGCUAUGAAGUAACGAGUUUCCAACACUGCCAGUUAAUCUACCUUACCUAUUAGCAUCAAACAAAUAAACAAGAGAGCUAUGAGUAGGACAAUGACGACGGUUGCACUCCCAAGACCAAUAUCACCGCAUCGCUCCUCGUCUGGUAUCGUCACUUUAUCUUCCCCAAUUGCGAUCGAAACAAUCAACAAUCCACAAAUUCCUAGUGCCGCCGCGGCGCCAGUUCCCAAUAAACACAUUCCAAUCUGUCCUACCGGUCCAGUACCUGUUCGAGAGCCCAACACUCCACCACCUUCUCCAGGACGCGAAGAUGUACGGCGACGUUCGUCUUUACUUUAUCCUCCAGAGAAAUUCGAGCGUCUAGAAGCGGGACCUCUUUCUAUUUAUAAGAUAAACCCCAACGAUGUUGCAGCUUCAUUAGACUAUCUUUCUAGACAGCCAUUACCAGACCCCUCGCUAGUCUUUCCCUGGUUUCAUGGAUUGCAUCCCAACAAUCAUAUCCAACAAACGUUUUUUUCGACGAGGAGCAAGGCUGUGCGGCAGAUACCUAAUUGUUUACGAGGCAUCACAACUGUGAAGGCUGAUGGGGACCUAGCUUUUGCACGCUUGAAGGGGGCUAUCGCCCCUAAUGAGUUCAUGCAACCUGGUUCUGAUGGUGAGUUUAUCGAGGUUGAUCCGAGAGAAGGUUUCUCUGUGCGAAACUUCCAGAUUCAGGCUGCGAAAACAGCCAUAACCUCCGAUAUCAUCGUGUAUGGUGAGGACGCUGGUCUAGUCCGUAAACUGGGUUGGGAAAUUGCGUCGGCGCAGGCUAAAUGGCGGAGGAAACAUGAGUCUAUUCCCAAAUACAAUACCUUUAUUUGUAUUAGUCCGUUUUCAGAUUUCGAGAAGAAACAUGGCAGUAUCGUUUCUGUCGAUUCGGAGGGUCGCUUAACAGGUGCAGUGGUCGAUUUCUUCCACCAGGAGCGGGUAGAGAUGUAUACGAUGACGAAAGCCACCGAAAUAUCAUGCAAUGUGUGGAUGGGACCAACCCCGGAACCUGGUGGUGAGGAGGAACAUCGAUACGAUGUUCUCGUCGAAUGUAGCGAUCUCGGUCGACUGAAUCCAGCUGCGUUGCAAGCAAUUGCCGAAAGCUCCAAUUACGAAGAAAGACAUCCUUACCUCGACUUCCCGUCGUCCGGGAGCAUCCUCCCACCGACUUGGUCGCAUGCCGAGGCUGAUGGUAUCCUGGACACUUGUAAAUGGCUUUGGCACCUUUCGCAUGGGACCGUGCCCACCAGGUCGGAUACUGAUGUGGACGGCGACUCGAACAUGUCCGAUGCAUCUUCCGCAACCGAGGUGGAGAUGGUUCGGCCCCGGAAGAUUUUAAUACAUUGUGCUGACGGGUAUACCGAAUCCACCAUGUUGGGUAUUGCUUAUUUUAGCUAUAGCACCGGCCGGCCGGUACCUCAAGCGUGGUUGGACCUCCAUACGAAAAUGAGGCGGAAUUUCUUUGCCUACCCGACCGACGUAAAUUUGCUAACUUCGAUCGCGCCUCGUCUGCUUCACGAAUCGCCUGUGUGCGCAGAUAAGAGUCUUUUAGAAAUUACAAACCUCGUAAAAAAUGAGCCUAAAUGGCUUGCUUCGCUCGAUGGUUCGUUCCCGAGUCGGAUCCUCGAUUAUAUGUACCUCGGCAAUCUCGGACAUGCUAAUAACCCCGAUUUGCUGAGAGCCAUGGGAAUCGGCCAGAUUCUUAGCGUAGGCGAGACAGCUAUGUGGAGAGACGGCGAUUUGGAAGCUUGGGGGACUGACAAUGUGUUGGUGGUCGAAAAAGUGCAAGAUAAUGGCAUUGACCCAUUAACUAAAGAAUUCGAGAAGUGUUUAGAAUUCAUCGACCGCGGACGUCGGAACGGCACCGCAACGCUGGUCCACUGCCGAGUGGGCGUCUCGCGCAGCGCAACCAUAUGUAUCGCUGAAGUGAUGCGUACUAUGAACUUGUCGUUUCCACGAGCCUACUGCUUCGUCCGUGCUCGGAGGCUUAAUGUUAUUAUUCAACCUCACCUGAGGUUCGCAUAUGAACUGCUCAAAUGGGAGGAGUUGUUACAAAGCCGACGCCACCAACGGUCCGAUAAUUCCACCCGAGGGAUUCGAAGGGAACUGGAAUGGGGCGAAAUUGCAAGAGAAAUCGCGCUCAUGAACCGUCCCUACGCCAGAUAAUAUGUUCUGGUUCAGCUGCGAUUACGUGAUAUCGGAUUUCGGAGUCAUCUAGGACUUCCGCCUACAUAGUGGGACUGCUUAUGUGGCUGCCCAGACUAUAUUCCAGCUGAUCAGCUAGGCAACGGUGGCGUUGAUAACGUGAGUCACCUUGCCCAGUCAAUAGGAAACUUGGCCGAAAGACCAUGUUGACUAUGGAACUAAUCAGCUAUGUACCUUGUUUCUACGAGGCACCCUGGGAAGCGUGAGGAGAAUGACAUCGAUGAAUAAAUCGGCGUCUUCUUACACAUCCACUUCUGACUUGGCCCUUGAACAAAACAGAGGGCACGCUCGUUGUUAUUAAACUUAUGACCACCAUAUUUCAUAGUGGAGUUGGUGGUGUCAAUAGGA